AUGCAACGGAAAAUGUCGGCUGCAAAAGGCGGCGAUGAGGGCUACCUGGCCCAACCCCCCGGGCCAUGCUGCUGGCUCGGCACAAUCCACAAGGGCACACCCCGCGGGAAAAUAGAGACCCUGCACGAGACGCCAACCUACAUCGCGACGCCCGUGCCAGAGAAGGCCAAUGGUCAUGUGGUGCUGUACUUCCCAGAUGUCUGGGGCAUGUCAAACAAUGCCCAGCUGCUCAUGGACGGUUUCGCCGACGCUGGGUUUCUGACGCUGGGAAUGGACUACUUCAGAGGCGACCCCAUCUCCAAGUACCGCAAGACCAAGAAUGACCCCCUCCCCGAAGGAUUCGACCACGCCGCCUGGCGCUCAAAGCACUUCACCUUCGCCACCGAGAACGUCCCCGGCUGGGUCGACGCGGUCAAAACCAAGUACGGCGGCGAGGGGACCAAGUACGCAUGCACGGGCUAUUGUUUUGGCGCGCCGUUCGUAUGCGACGUGCUGGCUGGGGACCGCGUCUCUGCGGGGGCGUUUGCGCACCCCACGGCGCUGAAGGAGGAGCACUUUACAAGCUUAAAGCAUCCGCUUUUGUUGUCGUGCGCCGAGAAUGACCAUGCGUUCCCGGCCGAGUCGAGGAACAAGGCGCAGGGUAUCCUCCAGAGGGACAACAAGCGGUAUCAUAUUCAGCUUUUCUAUGGCGUGGGCCAUGGUUUUGCUGUCAAGGGCGACCCUGAAGACCCCUACCAGAGGUGGUGCAAGGAGCAAAGCCUUAGAGCGAUGAUUGACUGGUUUACCCUUUGGCUGGUGGGACCUUCUUCUUGAUGCGAAAGUUAUGGUGUAGCCAAAUACAGAGGUUGGUGGCCAUGACAACUGGCUGUUGAUGAAGGCCAUUCACAUUGACUCGGCUCAAGAAAAAAUAAGUUGUCGUUG